AGUAAAACUUGACUUGUCGAGUCCAUUUCCAUAGUAACAGCGUGAAUCAUCCAGUCGAGGCUAGGAUGCAUUACCCCACUCUCCAGCCAGGGCACACGUUGCUCCCCAAAUUUCGCAAUGCUUCCCGUCAUCCCAGGAAAGCAGGUCCGAGGUCCGACACUCUCCGACUUGCAGAGACAUGUAUCCAUGUUGUUUGGUGCUCGUAGUUCAAAUGGCUUUCCAGGCGCGCAGCCUAUAAGUUUUGCCUCGGUACAUUUGAACGAAUUGGAGAACGAAAACUAUUUUGUCAGCGAAAAGGCCGACGGCAUCCGUUGUCUUAUGUUCACAACCACAAAUAGAGAAGGCCGAGGCGAAACUUACCUUAUCGACCGCAAAAAUCAUUAUUAUUAUCUUGAUCUUGGCCUUCCAAUACCGGGUAAACCGCGACAGAGCCACUUUGACACUGUCUUGGACGGUGAACUAGUGUUGGAUGAGUACGAGGAUGGGAGGCAAGUCCUCUGGUUUCUCUUGUUCGACUGUAUUGUGAUCGAUGGGAAGACCCUCGUAGAUCGACCUUACACCAAAAGAUUGGGCUAUUUGAAGGAGAAUAUCUUAAAACCCUAUAAAGAACUACUGCAGACAGACUGGGAAUACGCACAACGUCAGCCAUUUCGAAUGGACUUGAAGGAACUGCAACUGUCUUAUCAUUUGCAGAAAGUGUUUGAAGUCAUACCGACGCUGAAGCACAAGUCCGAUGGAAUAAUAUUCACUUCCUCAGUCGCGCCGUAUUCAUGUGGGACUUGCGACAAGAUGUUAAAGUGGAAGCCGAGCGAUGAAAACACGGUGGAUUUCAAAGUACGUGUAGAUGGGACCCCGGAUAACCCCCGCUACUUUCUAUCACUUUGGGAAGGACAGAAUCAGUAUUCGGAAUACGGGGAGCUGACCUUGGAUGCCGACGACCGAAAGCGAUGGCUGAACCGACCGCCAGACGGUGCGAUCAUAGAAUGCCGAUAUGAUCCAGAAUGGCCGGGAAGAUGGCGGUUUACACGGUUCCGAGACGACAAACAACAUGCUAAUCACAGAAAUACGUAUGUAAAGAUCAUGCAAAGUAUCAGAGACGGAGUAGAUAAACAAGCGUUGGUGUCCCAUGCGCCCAAAAUAAGAGCGAAGUGGAAAGAACGAGAGGCACAAGAACGGGCGACCCGAGGAUGAUGUGCCAGUAUCCUCUGUGUAUAAUAGUACUGAUAGACCCGUCCAUUUUUCCUUCCGGACAUAGUUCGUGUUCCCUUCCCGAACGUUGAGUGGCAAAUGUCGAAUAUGUGUUAGGACAAAUGCCCUCUGUAUUAUGCGGCUGCACGAAACAUUGUACUUUGAGUAUAUGUGCCUCUACAGUAGUGCUUGCUGUUCACGAUUAGAGAGAUCUGUUUGAUGCGAUUGGCAUGUCUAACUGAUGGCAGUUUUUUGAAUUUAAAAGUAACGGCAUUACUGUUUAA